AGGACCCUCCUUGCUGAACCCCGUGAUCCUCAAAAUACAACAACAAAGUGGGGCUAAGAUGGCGAGCGGAGAGGAGGCAAAACACCCCGGUGUUUCCUCCUCUUUAGUGCGUCUGGAGGCUCUGUUCCAAGCCCAGGAGUCCGAGCAGGCCUGCGGGGAUGGGAACCCGGAGCUGGUGCGACUGCGGGAGCGUCUACAGGGCUGGCUGUCGCAAUACGAGCCCGUGAUCCUGUGGGUGCAGAGGCUGCUGGUUUGGGAGAGGCCGCUCCACAGCAUCUUCGUUGCAUUCAGCCUGAAUACCGUGUUCUGGCUCCUGUCCUCCACGUCCAUGCGACCCCUGUUUCUUUUGAGCGUGUCGCUCCUCGGCCUCGUGUUGCUGGAGAGAUGGAAGCACAAUUUGCCCAGCAUUGCAGUUCAGUACCCAGAAGCCCCUGUGAGUGAAAGGGAGGGUGUGGCCGUUCACCCGCGGCUCCUCAGCGUCCCGGAGCUGAGCCAUCACCUGGCGGAGAGCUACCUCACCUGUAGCCUCUACAUCCAGGAGAUGCUACAAUACAAGAGGCUCAAUCAUGGCAAGUUCUGUGCGUUGAUGUGUGGAGGGUGCCUGGUGCUGGCAGUGGUGGGGCACUACGUUCCGGGAGUCAUGAUCUCGUACAUCAUCUUGCUGAGUGUGCUGCUCUGGCCACUGGUGGUGUACCACGAGCUCAUCCAGAAGAUGUACACAGGGCUGGAGCCCAUCCUGAUGAAGCUGGACUACAGCAUGAAGGGGGACACUCAGCUCCGCAAGCACGACAAGAAGAAAGUGAAGAAGGAGUCGGAGGACGGCGACGAGCCGCGGGCGGAAACGGAGAGCGAGAGCGAAGAGGAGCUGUCCUGCUUCGCCCCUACGGUGGAUGUGAAGACCACAGCCCUGGCGAUGGCCAUCACGGACUCCGAGCUGUCGGAUGAAGAGGCGUCCAUCCUGGAGAGCGGCGGGUUCUCCGUGUCCAGAGCCACUACGCCACAACUGACCGAUGUCUCCGAAGACCUGGACCAGCAGAGUUUGAACAGCGAGCCGGAAGAGAGCUUCUCCAGGGACCUGCCGGAGUUUCCCUCCGUGGACGAGUUCCCGUCUGUCGAGCACGGCCUGCUCCACUUCCCCACGCAGCCAGCGGGACAGGAGGAGGGGGCGGCGGCUGAGCCGCAGGAGGGGGAGGAGCCCCAGAGCCCAGCCAGCCUCCUCAUCCAGCACCUGGCGUCGCCCCUGCACUUUGUCAACACACACUUCAAUGGGCACGGGCAGGGGGCGGCCGCCGGCGGCCCCCAGGGCCACGGCCUGUCGCUGGAGGCCCUGAGCGAGGAGAUCGUCAGCUCGGCCAUCUCCACCGUAGUGCAGAACACUCUGACGGCCCUGCUGCGCUCCAGCGAGGCCAGCGAGGGCCCCGCCAUCGCCGAGUUCCUGCCGGCCGACACGCCCCUCUCCCCGGAGGCGGAGUCCAAGGAGGAAGACGCCCCUCUUCUGGAGGCGAGCGCCGCAGAGCCGCCCACUGACACGCCCACGCCCAUCGAGGAAGAGGACUUUGAGCUGCUGGACCAAAGCGAACUGGAGCAGAUGGACGAGGAGCUAGGCCUGGGUUUGGGGGGAGGGGAUUCAGACGAGGCCCAGCCCACUCUGCUGUCCCCGCCCACCCAGAAACCCAGGGAGUCCUAGUCAGCCUACUGCUCCUUCUGAACUGUUUUGAUCCAUAGUGCAUACAUAGAUAUAUACACCACCUCCCAUCAUACCCGUUCAUCAGAGGUCUCUUGAUCAGUUGCAGUUGAUUACUGUUCAUUUGUCUGUUUUUGUGACUUGGGUGUAAAUAUACUGUGACCGAAUGCUGAGUUCACACCCACGCUCUGACGGUUGAUCUCGAACCCGAGGCUUGAUGGCAGCUUGUGUUUCAUAGGACCCUACUGCCACUAGCCAAGGCAGCAAGCCACCUGAGAAGGAUGUGUAAUCUGUAUGUAGUGGGUGAAUUUUAGUUAAACUGGUUUGACUAGUUUUUUUUUAGGUCUGAUCUAGAUCUCUGUUGUUAGUGUGAACAGACCACAAUUGUUGAUGAAUUUUAAAAAACAUAUAUAGAAAAAUUUUGUUUUGACCACAGCACUGAUAAAUAUAUUAUAUACAUUAUUUAAACAUGCUGGUAGUUUGAUGAAAAACCCUUUCUGGAAGAUAAAUUUUGAGUUUUAUUAUUUAUACAAAUCAUAAUCCUCUAAACUUCAGCAUGCUCAGUAACUAAAUGUGGGUAUUAAAUAUUCAUAUAGAGUGCUGGAGAAGGAAGAUGGUUAGUUUUUAAGGUGCGGUGAUGAGUUAUUGAUACCUUAUGAGUUAUUGAAAAAUUUGACGUUUUCAUGGACUUUUAGUCGUGUCCAUUGAACCAAGAUGCUUUCCCGGAUUGGGCAAUAAUAAACAUAAUUUAUUUAAAGAAAUGAUUUUGCACUACUUUGAACUUCCCCUUAAAUCGGUGAAGAUCGAUUUUGCCACAGAACUGACAUCACUCAGACAGCAGACCCGGAUUUUGAAGGAUGUUUAGCUUAAUUUGAUGUCUGGUCGUCUCGUUCCCACUCGUGCUCACAGAACGUUA